AGAAAAGGAAUGAAGCUUCCAUUGAUAAUAGAUUAUUUUGUCUAAAUAAUAUUAUACAAAAUGAAAGAAAUUAAUAUAAACAUAGAAGGCUACAAUGUGAACGGAAUAUGCGUCGGUUGUUUGAAUUAUAAUCGUAAAAUGUUUUACUGUGAUGAUGUUAAAGAAUGUUUCAAAGUUUUAGCAAAUAUUGAUGUACCAGACGGACUGACAAUUCAAGUUUGCUGGGAAUGCCUGGCAAAUGUCAGGAAUGCAUUAAAAUUUAGAGGACAAAUUCUGAACUCCUAUGAUAUACUUAUCGCCUAUUCAGAAAGGCACAAAUUCCUCAACUCACCCAGCGAUCUGUCCGUUCAUGCGAAACAGCGUUUAACCUCAAGUUUGCUAACUGAUACGCAAUUACUAAUAGAAGAGCCGUGUAAUAAUUUGGAUGUUAUUAAAAAUGAACCCAUUCCUGACGAUAGCAGCAAAUAUAUUGAAUUAGAUUUACAAAAUGAUAUAAAAUUAGAAAAUGAAGACUUCCAGACAGAUGACAUAAACGUGGACAGCACUUACGAUGACCUACCAGCUAAAGAGCAGACAGAAUCCGAGGAUGACAUUAUACUAGCAAAAUUAAAGACUGAUAAAGGAAGUAAGAAAAAGAAGAAGAAAGAAAAGGAGAAAAAACGAGAUAGCGAUAAGAUUACAGAAACGAAAGAAAAAAAGUCGAGACGUCUCAAGAACCUUCCAGAAGAAUUGGUGGAACUGUACACGAUGACCGAGGAAGAGAUGUGGAGCGUCAGGGAGAAGGACGUCGCGAAUGAGGAGUUCCAGAAAAUUAAGUACAAAUGUCAAUUUUGUAUUUACGUCUUCAAUACUAAGAAAUUAAUGGAAUUUCACAUAAAUGGAAAACACAAUUCGAAGAGCGAUAAUGAUCACCAGUGCGACGUGUGCAAAGCGUACUUCUUGACGAAGGAGAACAUAAGGAUACACAGAAAACUACAUCUUGUUGCUUACAAAUGUCGAGAGUGCAACUUAUUAACAACGCUGAAGAAAAUAAUGUUGGAACACGAAUGUGCUAAGAAACUUCUAGAACCGGGAUACCCUUGCUCUGAUUGUCCAGAUAAAGUGUUCAGCACGAGAUCGAAGCUAGCGUACCACAGGACGGUGACACACCAAGAGAAGCCGCAAUGUGACUGUUGCGGGAAAGUUUUCGCGAACAAAAUGACCUUGAAAUAUCAUCUCAAAAUAUUACCACUGAAUAAAGACGAGAAACCGAAGGAGAAGCUGUUCAUACCGUGUAAAGGUUGCGGGAAAAUAUUCCACUCGAAGAAGAGUUACAGAGCGCAUGCCGUGAUCCACGAGGGUCUCAGCUUCCCGUGCCCGAUCUGCGGCAAGCUGUUCCAGUGGAAGCGUAACCUCGCGAGGCACAUGCGGAACCAUCGCGAGCGGGAGGCCGGAGCCCUGCACCGCUGCCGGGACUGCGGGAAGAGCUUCGCCAGCCGAGACUGCUACAACAACCACAUGCGUCUCAGCAAGCGGCACGCGCACGAGGACAGCUACGUACACGCGUGCCACUUUUGCGGUAAGAAGUUCGCCACCCGGUGGUGUAUGAUCGAUCACAUCGACUGGGAUCACCUCAGACGUAUCAAGUACCAGUGCAGCGUCUGCUUUAAGCCGUUCAAAACAGCUAAAAUAAUGGUCGCCCAUAUGAACAAUAUACACGAAGGGAAGAAUAAAAAAGAACCAGACGGCGAGCAUUUGUGUGAAAUAUGCGGAAAGUCGUACAAGACGGUGAAAAGGCUCAAAGGUCAUGUGUGGGCGAUGCACACAAACAGAUCGGUGUCAAAGAGCUUCAAGUGCACUCUCUGCCCCGCGACGUUCUCCUGGCAAACCAGUAUUUAUAAACAUAUGAAAAUGAUGCAUUACAGCAAACGAGCCAAGCAACCAAGAGUUCCAGUCAAGAAACCGGAGACCUACCCGGGCAUCGACGUGGCGUCUCGGAUGCAAUACUUCCCGCCAAACAUCACGCAGAACACGCCGCUUAUAAACUUACCUCAGAAUGUUUAA